AAACUGAAUACACAUCUGUGAUUCGGCAGUCAGUUUAGGAAGGUGAUAGUGUGAGGUUUUAAUUAUGUCCUCUUGGUCUUCAGAACAUGUUUUCGAACAUCCAUGGGAGGAAGUUGUGAGAGCAGCUUUCCGUAAAUACCCCAAUCCAUGUAACCCUGCAGUAUAUGGUGUAGAUGUUGUAGAUCGUACAGUUUGUCCAAAGGGAACCAUACAGACCCAUCGUCUGCUUUCCACAGAAUUCCCAUUACCUGAUGUAGCUGCCCGGAUAAUUGGCACACCAGAGAAAAAUUUCAUCAGUGAACACUCAACAUUAAAUCCCAGAAAUAAACUGUUGAAAUUAGAAUCCCGUAAUCUUUUAGGAGCCAGUAGUCAUGGAAUGCAUAUCAGUGAGCACUCCAAGCUUGAUACAACACAGUCCACAUUCAGGCUUCAGUCUAAAAAUCUGACUCUGGGACAUUUAGUGUCAGUUCAUGAACAUUUGGAGUAUUUUCCCCAUCCACAAGACAAGUCCAAAACCUGUCUGAAACAACAAUCCGUAGUCAAAGUGAAUGUGCCUUUUUUGUCUGGUUACCUGGAAAAACUCCUUAUAGAAAACUUUGAAAAAAAUGCACAGAAGGGAAGAAACGGAAUGGAGUGGGUUAUGAACAAGAUAAAGGAAGAAGACUCUAACAAGGUGAAAUUCGAGACCUCACCAGACAUUUUAUCACAAAUAGAAACGAAAUUCAAGAAAGAAGCUGAGGAUCUCAAACAAAGUAUGGACAGUUUUCUUAAGAAUGCCCAAGCCACUGGAUCACCGCUUUGAUGCUGGGGAACAUUAGGUGUAAUCAUAUUUAUUCUGGCCCUCUGGAUGAGAAAUUUUAUGGACGCAACAAUCUUGGAUCUGAUCCAUAUUUGUAUUGCAGCUUGUUUACUCUGUAUGACUAGGCCAUUUUAUUUUGUAGCUAUAUUUUCUGUGAUAUAUCAUGACCAUAGGAUGUUUAAUUGCAUUGCCUCCUCAGGGUUAUCAUCAUAGGAAACAGAAAUCCAUCCAGGCCUUUUAUUUCUCUUCUAAUUACUAGGGGUAGGUUACUAGGAGAAUUAUUGUGUGCUGUUUUAUUUCUGUUGUAUUAUAGGAAUCUCAGAUCCAACAUUCUCCUCUACAUGGCACAUGAAGUACGAUGGUUUACUGAAUCAUGAAUAUACAUUAUAUUACAGAAAAAAUAUCAAUGGCAGUAAAAUGUUUAUUCAUUCCUCAGCAAUUUUUCGGAACUUAGUUGUUGGUGGUAUCUUAAUGCCAGAUCUCAGCUUUAAAUGUAUGUACAUGUUGUUCUAAUGUUUCAUGUUCACCCCGAAUAAAUUUGAAAUUUUACUGAACAAAUUGGGCAUUUAAAAGUACAGCUGUUUUUAAGCAUUUCAAAAAAAUGCCUCAAAAUUUUAAUUGCAAGACCAAUGUAAAAAUUCCUGUUUUAUUGAAUAGCUUGAUAUAUGUUUACAUGUGUUUUGUGUCAUCAUUAUUGUCACACCUUUUGUUAUCAUGUUGCUAUUAAAGUUUGGAAAUUUCA